AUGCUCGAUCACCGCCCCAGAACUGGUACAUCGAAGAACACGGGUGCCUCGUACUUCGCUCUCUUCCGGCCCCUCCAUGAUGUGCAAUCGCGACUCGUUCUAUUUUGCGGAGUCGUCCUAGCUGUCGCUGCUGGAGCACCUCUCCCCAUCAUCGGCGUUAUUUUUGCGCGGAUCAUUGAUGCCUUUCCACCAACAGAAGAUGAGGUCCAUCAAAGAAUCUCUCAGCUCCUUGGGGUUGCAACUGCAUAUUUUGCAGUCACGUGGGGAUGGGCGUCUUGUUGGGGCAUCGUUGGUUCUCGCAUAUCCAGAGGUUUAAGGAUUGCGAUGGUGGAUAGAGCUCUGGGAAUGGAUCUAACCUACUACGAAACGGAAUGCCCAGAUAUUGCCAGUCGCCUCACCGUAGACGCUCAAACAGUUCAGUCCGGAACCGCUGAGAAAGUUGGUAUUUUCGUACAGUCUGUUAGUUACUUUGUAGUCGCAUUUAUUGUUGGAUUCAUUCUCAAUGCUCGUCUCACUGGCAUCCUCUUUGCCGCGGUUAUACCGGCUAUGGCCAUGGCGGUUUUCAUCGGGACCACAGUUCUCAACCGGUAUUCCAAGGAUAGUUCAGAAUGUACUACCUCUGCAGAAUCAGUAGCUGAAGGGGCUAUCAAGGCUGUGCAGGUAGUCCAAGCAUUUGAUGCAUUUGAAUCCCUGACAGACCAACACAAAAGUCAUCUGGAGAAGGCCAUGGAAUUCGGUAUCUUGAAGGCCGUGGCAGGCGCCAUUCUUCUAGGAAGUGUAUUUUUUAUUGCCUAUGCCGCAAACGCUUUGGCAUUUUGGCAAGGCUCCCAGAUUGUGAAGUCUGAUAGAUCAUCUGGAGGGGCUGGCACAGUCUAUGCGAUUGUUUUCUUGAUACUAGACGCCUCCUUUGUGAUUGGACAGGCAGGUCCGUUUAUACAGUCAUUUUCGCAGGCUGCUUCUGCAGGCCGUCGAAUUCUAGACCUCAUCGACUAUCCCGAUAUACCAAUUGAUGUUUACUCUAAAUCAGGACUUCCAGCAUCACAGGAGACCUUUGGAGAAGGCAAGGAAAUCGUCUUCAAAGACGUUACUUUCUCAUAUCCUGCACGGCCCUUAGAAAAAGUACUGGAUUCGGUCAAUUUACAGAUCAAAGCCGGUACUACUGUCGGAAUUGUUGGCGCAUCUGGCAGCGGGAAGUCGACGAUCGCGGCGUUGCUGCUGAGAUUGUAUGAUCCUUCGGAAGGGGUCAUUAGCAUUGAUGGCCAUUCCAUCCCUAGCUUUAAUCUUCCUAGCCUUCGCGGUCAAGUCAGUCUCGUUGAUCAAGACCCAGCCGUCUUCUCUGGCAGCAUUUACACCAACAUUCGAGAUGGAUACAAAGGGCCAGAACUCCCCGAAGAUGAAAUGCGAGGAAGAUGUGUCAAAGCAGCAAAAGCCGCUGAUGCAUGGUCUUUCAUUGAGCUGCUACCGAACGGUAUUGAUACCUGGCUAGGAGAACCAGCCGGAACGAAGCUUUCUGGUGGCCAGAAACAGCGCGUCUGCUUAGCCAGAGCUCUCGUGGGUGAUCCAUCUCUACUUGUUCUCGAUGAGGCUACUAGUGCUUUGGACGCCAUCAGUGAGCAGUCAAUAUUGAGCUCACUCGGAACUUCAAGAUCGUUAGGACAUCGCACAACAGUCAUGAUUGCCCACAGGCUUGCAUCUGUCAGGCACGCAGACAACAUUAUUGUUAUGGGGAAGGGUCAGAUUCUAGAGCAGGGAAAUCACGAGUCUCUGGUGUCCAACAUUGGCGGUGCUUAUUAUCAACUGAUCGAGGCACAAAAACUUGGUUCAUAUGAUUCUCCAGACACAUUUACGUCAGACGAAGACGGAUUCGAAGUAGAAAAAUCUGCAGGAGAAGAGAUGAAAGCGGAAACAGCUCCAUCUUCGUCCACGGAAACCCUGGUCGAGAACGGCAAAUCAUUAGGGACUUUCACAAUCAUUCAGCGAUGUCUUGCCCUUACUCGUUCCAAGAUCUUUUUCACUCUUCUUGCACUAGUCGGAUCUGUCAUAACUGGUGGGCUGAUCCUGGGAGAAUCAAUCAUUUUCGGCCACUUAGUUCAACUUCUCAACUCCUCGGUACCAUCCGGCCAGGUUGACUUCUACUGUUUGAUGUUCUUCGUGGUCUCAUUAAUCGCGCUCGCGGGGUAUGUUACUUCUGGUUCAUGCUUCGGACUUGUGUCUGAGCAUCUGAUCUUUCGAACCCGCGACCUCUCUCUCCGAACAAUACUCCGACAAGACGUGGAAUGGUUCUCGCAAUCAGGACGAUCAACAUCCUCUCUUAUAUCAGUCAUCAGCAUGGAUGCUGGGCAUCUUAGUGGCCUCUCGGGCGUGAUCAUUGGUACUAUCGUCUCUGCAUUGGUCUCUGUCGUAGGUGGAGCUAUUCUAGCAUUCGUUGUUGCUUGGAAGAUUGCCAUCGUGCUGUUCGCUACAUCGCCAGUGGUCAUUUCGGCUGGGUUCCUCAGACUGCAUGUUUUGUCGAAGCUCGAUGAGAAAAAUCAACUCGCUUAUACCGAUGCAGCCUCUCUAGCGACUGAAGCAUGCUCAUCCAUUCGCACUGUUGCUGCGUUAGGAACGGAAAAAGUUACCUUAGAAAGGUUCCACAUGGCUGUUGAUAAGUUCCAAAAACAGACUUUCAGGGACACGGCCCUCGGGAAUGCCAUCUUGGCGUUCGCUCUUUCUGUCACAUAUUAUGUGUAUUCACUCGCAUAUUGGUGGGGAUCCAAGCAAGUACGAUCUGGAGAAUACACCACCCUCCAAUUCUUCAUUGUACUUCCUGCUAUUCUCUUUUCUGCGCAAGCUGCUGGUCAAAUAUUCAGUCUGGCACCCGAUAUUGGCAGAGCAAAGGGUGCUGCUUCACGAGUCUUCACACUACAUGACCAGAAACCCACAAUUGACACAACAUCGAACACUGCUGCACCUCGUCUAUCAGCGACACCAAUGUCAAAUGAUAAGCAUACUCCUACCGGUUCCAUUGCGUUCCAGAAUGUAAGCCUUGCAUAUAAGUCGCGGCCCGACACACCCGUUUUCGCAAAACUCAACUUGACAAUCAAAGCGGGGGAGACGGUUGCGCUUGUUGGACGAUCUGGGGCAGGAAAGACAUCUAUGAUUUCUCUCAUUGAACGAUUCUACGACCCUACUUCGGGCGCUAUUCUUCUGGAUGGAGUUAGUAUCAAAUCAGUACCAGUCUCACAGCAUCGAGCCAGAAUCAGCCUGGUAGCCCAAGACCCCGACCUGUUCUCGGGUUCAGUUGCUUUCAACGUUGGUCUGGGAGCAAGACCCGGUCAUGUGGCUACAAGAGAGGAAGUCAUUGAGGCAUGCAAAGCUGUAGGAAUUCAUGAAUUCAUUAAUUCGCUUCCGGAUGGCUAUGAGACUCAAUGUGGGAACAAUGGUUCACAGUUAUCGGGAGGUCAAAAGCAGCGUGUUGCCAUCGCUCGAGCAUAUAUCAGAGAUCCCGAGAUACUUCUCCUCGAUGAGGCCACCUCAGCUCUGGAUUCACAGUCUGAGGCUCAAAUUCAAGAAGCAAUCUCGAAAGUCUCACGACAACGCACAACGAUCAUGAUCGCACAUCGGCUCACCAGUGUGCAGAGAGCAGAUCGAAUUUUGGUGUUUGAUCAGGGUACAAUAGUCGAAGAAGGUCGACACGAAGAACUGGCGAGAGGGGGAGGCAUAUAUGAGCAAAUGAUUAAGGCACAGAGUCUUGGAUGA